UCACAAAAUCUAACUAACUCUACGGUUUUGGGGGACAUUUACCAAUGUUAUCAAGUGACUACUAUAUUUAAAACAAUUAUUCUCUUGAUAACAUCACAACAUUUAUUCUAUAGUUUCUCUGGUAUAAACUAGGUGAAGCCAGAAGGGCAUCAUUGAACAGUUUUGCAUGUAUUUUACAUAGAUGCACAGAGUCCAAAGAGCUAAACAUCCCUCCCACUAUAACUCACGAUUGUAGACGAGAGAGAAUUUGAGUAACAAAGUAGCUUGAAUGCUGCAUAACCUCAAGGCCAGGUGUGUAUCUAAAUCUCCUUUGUGUACACCAGGAAUUUACAAAAGGGAAAAAAACAAGACACCCUCAAGCAUUCAAACUCAGGCUACUUGCUGGAGGACUCCUAACAAUCCUUUCACUUCUAAGCUACUUAACUCUGACCUUAGCACGAUGGAUGAGCUGGAUGAGACUCAGCUGAAGAACCAUGUGGACAGUCUGAAGCAGCAGCUACAGUUUAACAGAGAGAAAACAUCUGUCUCGCUUCCAGAAUUAACUAAAUGGAUUGAAGAGAAAAUGAAUGAGGAUCCAUUUCUGAAUCCAGAUAUACUGAAGGACAACCCGUGGGUGGAGUCAAGCAAAUGUGUUAUAAUAUAGCGCAAGAGCUGUCAC